GUGGUACAUCCCACAUCAUGGUGUAUACCAUCCUCAAAAACAGACCAUAAGGGUGGUCUUUGACUGUGCUGUUACUUUUCAAGGUAAAUCCCUCAACUCAGAACUUCUUCAGGGUCCUGAUUUGACCAGUACACUUUUUGAUGUUUUGACCAGAUUUCGCCAAGAAUCUGUAGCAGUUAUGACUGAUAUCAAAGCAAUGUUCCAUCAGGUCAGAGUGUCAAGAUCAGAUGUUGACUUCUUGCGAUUCCUCUGGUGGCCAAGUGGUGAUGUCAGCAUGCCUGCUGUGGAACAUCGAAUGAUGGUACAUCUAUUUGGGGCAGUCUCAUCCCCCAGCUGUGCAAACUUUGCUCUGAGGCAAACAGCCAAAGACAACAAAGAAUGUUUUCGAACUGAGGUGAUAAACACGGUUGAGAACAACUUCUAUGUAGAUGAUUGCUUGAAGUCCCUUCCAACAGAGCAUGAAGCAGUAGAAUUGGUGAAAGAUCUAACAUCUCUCUGUCAAACAGGAGGAUUCCACCUCACAAAAUGGGUGAGUAACAGUCGUACUGUUCUUGCACAUAUUCCAAAGGAAGACAGAGCUCAGAAUGUAAGGGAAUUGGAUCUCGACAGGGAAAAGCUUCCCACUGAAAGAGCUCUUGGAUUGUUGUGGUGCGUGGAGAAUGAUGUGUUUAAGUUCAAUAUCACUGUCAAGUGCAAAUCCCACACCCGAAGAAACUUGCUAUCAGUUGUGAGCUCCAUCUAUGAUCCACUUGGAUUUUUGAGUCCCUUUACUCUACCUGCCAAAUUUCUUAUCCAAGACCUCUGUAGGAGUAAAUGUGGUUGGGAUGAGGAAAUACCACAGGCUGCAGUGGAUAAGUGGACAAAGUGGAUAAAGGAUCUUGACGAGAUAGAAGAUUUCAGAGUGGCACGCUGUGUAAAGCCAACUGGUUUUGGAAUGCUGAAGCAAGCAGAGCUGCAUCAUUUCUCUGAUGCUAGUGAACAAGGAUACGGCAUAGUGAGUUACUUGAGACUGACUGAUGAUAUGCACACUGUACAUGUGUCUUUCAUGUUGGGGAAAGCCAGAGUGGCCCCACUUAAGCACGUCACAAUUCCACGUCUAGAACUUACAGCUGCAGUGCUAGCAGUCAGAGUCGACAUUAUGGUAAGGAAAGCUUUGGAGCUAGAUCUCAAAGGCUCAACAUUUUGGACUGAUAGUCAGUCAGUGCUGAAAUACGUUGCAAAUGAGAAUGCAAGAUUCCGCACAUUUGUAGCUAAUAGGAUCUCUGUUAUUAGAGGAAACACAGAUGUAAAACAGUGGAAAUUCAUCAGAACAAAGCAGAACCCAGCUGACCUAGCAUCAAGAGGGGUUAGUGCCAGCACAUUGGUGAAGUGCAAAGAGUGGAUCCAUGGACCAGACUUUCUAUGGAAGAAAGAAGAGGAAUGGCCUAAAGAGUCCCUGGGACCCAUGUCUCUCUCUCUCGAUGACCUUGAAGUUAAAAGGAACACCACUGUUUAUAGUACUGUCAUUAAAGAGAAUGAAAAUCCUACCAGCCAACUGCUUAACUAUUUCUCAACUUGGACAAAGCUAAAGUUGGCAGUAGCAUGGUUCUUGAAGUUCAAGAAUAUCCUUCGCUUGCUUAUUGCAAAAAGAAAAGAGAUACAGCCCACCUGCGUGAAUAAGGACACUCAGAGCCAAAACAAUGUAUGUAAUGAAAUGAAAAUAUUCAAGACAUCACUUUGUGGACAAUCCAUAGGCUUGGAUGAUCUCUUGAAAGCAGAAAAGGCCAUUGUUGAGUUUUGGCAGAAACAAAGGUAUGCAGAGGAAAUGUCAAGAAUUGGAAAGACAUCACCUGCUGGAAAGCGCUUGAAUAGAUUCAGCAGCCUGUACAAGCUAGAUCCUGUGAUGGACGAUGGAGUUUUGAGGGUUGGAGGAAGGUUGGACAAGUCUGCAAUGCCUGAGGAGACCAAGCGACCUAUAAUACUUCCAAAAGAUGUUCACAUCUCCACACUUAUCCUUCAACACAUACACGAACAGCUCGGACAUGCUGGCAGAAACCAUGUUCUCUCACACCUGAGAAAGAAAUAUUGGAUUAUAAAUGCCAAUUCUGCAGCCCGCAAAGUUCUGUCUAAAUGUGUUGUAUGCAAGCGUGUAAGAGGAAAGAUUGGAGAGCAAAAGAUGGCAGAUUUACCAAAGGAAAGACUACAAGCUGAUCUUCCACCUUUCAGCAAUGUUGGCGUUGACUACUUUGAACCUUUCAUGACAAAAAGAGGAAGAAGUCAGAAUGGAACAAAAGCCGAAUCCAGAAGGCAAUGCUCCAGAAAGGAAUUCAGUGGACGUUUAAUCCUCCAGCAGCCUCACAUCAUGGGGGAGUAUGGGAGAGACUCAUUCGAAUGGUGA